CUCACAAAACAGCGAGAAAUAAAUUUAAACAGAAAAAAAAAAACGAAAGAGAUGGGGGAGUUGUUAGCGGGUGUUUCCCAGUCCUCUCUGCUUGCGGUGCGGCGCAGGGUUGGCUUUGGAUUACAUAGAAACCAGUCCAAUAGCACUAGUAUUAUUUGUUGUUCAAUCCGAAGGCUGCCGAAAUUGCGAUCAUCUCGGGGAUUUGGUGACAGAUCGGAUCAACGGCAGCAGUUCCUUUUGGCAGUUGCUGCUUCUGGGGCUAUCUCUUCUGACCCGCUUCAAGCGUCUACAACCGUUACCGUCGACUCCAUCCAACCGGAUACCGUUAGUGGAGGUGGUGACGGAGACGGAUUUAGUAACAGAGGCGGAGGCGGAGGCGGAGGCGGCGGCGGCGGCGACAACAACAACGACAAGGGCGAGGGGGGCUCUGACGAAAACAACAAGAAGAUGUCGGGCAUGUCCAUGUCUCAGAAAUUAACACUAGCUUAUGCUGCCCUUGUUGGAGUGGGUGGUGUUAUGGGCUAUUUGAAGAGUGGCAGCCAGAAGUCACUGUUGGCAGGGGGACUAUCAGCCUCACUACUGUAUUAUGUUUAUACUCAACUUCCCACCAGACCCGUUAUUGCAUCAUCCAUAGGGCUUGGCCUGUCUGCUGCCCUCCUGGGAGUGAUGGGUUCCCGUUUUAAGAAAUCAGGGAAGAUAUUUCCAGCGGGCGUUGUAUCACUAGUGUCGCUUAUAAUGACUGGAGGCUACUUACAUGGAAUUCUGCGAAGUCUACACUGAGACACUAGUGAUUUACUGAAGCUGAAUGGCUGUCUACCAAACACAGAGGGAAGCUCAAGAGAAAAGUAGAGAUGGACAAUCAAAAGAGAUGUAAUUUGUCAUCCGGGAAUAAAUAUAUAGAUUUCUUUUUUCUCCUUUGGUUUAUGUUAUAAUGUUUGUUUCUUGAACUAGUCUUGUUUAAAGACGAUUAUGUUUCUAUCUUUAAUGAUUUGAUUUUAUAAUGCAUGUUUGAAGUUUAAUCCAA